GACUGAGACAGAUACAGUGAUAUAGAGAAACAACAACAAGAAGGAGGAACAGCUUACAGCACCAGUGGACAUAUGAAGCAAUCUCCCCCUCAAACAGGCUCUGCAAGGACUCAAUGAUUAGAGAAUUGGAAAAUAGAAGCCAACACCUUAUACAGCAGCUCUUUCGUACAGACACAGAGUAUCAUCAUCCAGGACUUUGGGAGAUUUUAGGAGAGUUUGGUGUGGUUGAGAGAACUUUUCUUCACUGACUUUCCUGAGAAAGAGCCUCUGACAAAAGAGGAGGCACCAACGAGGGAAAGAGAGAGAGAGAGGGAGAACUGUGGGACGCUAGGAGACGAAGGAGCAAAACAACUGCUUUUCCCACCUGCUUUCACACCCAGUGUUCCACACAUGGCUGCUGUCCGUCAUAUGCCCAUGGAGACCCAGGGCUUCCACCACAUGCUGCCUGCCCACCUGCUCUCCUCGACCAUGGAGGAGUUCCCCCAGCAGCUCCCCGUCCCCAAGGGGUCCGCCCGGGGCAAGAGCCGCCCCCACCGGCCCCGUGAGGCACGCUUCAAGACCCAGCCCGUCACCUUUGCCGAGAUCACCGAGGUGGAGGAGGAGGGCGCCUCGCCCCUGGAAGAGGAGAGGGCGCGCCGGUCUUUCCUGCAGUCCCUGGAGAACCUUCGCCGGAGCACACAGGCGCUCCACUGUCCGACGACUGGUCAUCGCAUGCCCACGGCCACGGCCACACAGCAAAGCUUGGACUCUAGUGACUCGGACUCGGCCCAGUGACAGGCAGGGCCUGAGGAGAAGUGGAGAAGUGUACGCACCCUUCCUGGCACACGUCCCUUUUCCCCUCCAAUUCUGCUUCACACGGGGGCCCAAUGAACUCAACUGAACUGGACUGAUCUCCAAGCUGCUCCUGUGUGCAUAGAGACCAUUCUCCUUGAAAAAAUAUGUUUCUACAUACAAAUAUAUAUUAGCAUAUCAAUAUUUGUGGCUAUGGUAUGCAUUUGAUGCAUUUUUGUAAAGAACUCUACCCAGUAAUAUAUAUCACUGGCUGGUUAUAUUGCUAAUGCCUCUUAGAGAAGCUAAGUGUAGCACAUGAGCUAUGACGCAGUGUUGAAUACACCACUUCAGAUAUAUUCCUUUUCUACUGCAGACGACUUCAGGACAGGAGGGGCUUUGAACUUGAAAUGCGUUAAAUAUGGAACGUCUUUGUCCUUUAUUUUAUAAAAGGAUGGAAACAAUGUUGUUUUUCCAUGUUGUACCUGUUUUGUAUUCUGCUUCAAGCAGAUUCUAGAAGUGCAGACAUGAUUGAAAAGACAGCUCAUUCAGAUUUGACUGACUAAACUCUGAAAGCAUCAACCGAGCACUGGACUGUGUAUUAAAAGUGAUUAAAUGGUAACUAAAGUUAGGAGUUACUUUGCAACGCUUUGGCACCGCUCUUAUUUCUGUGUUAAGCUCCACAGCUAGCGAAAGCCACUCACAAAAAAUGCCUUUCCAGAUGUGAAAGUAUUUAUUCUCUUAUUUUGUUUAUAACAUAGCAAAUCUAUAAAUAUUAUUUUGUCGUUGACUCGUUUGACCUCUAAAGUCACACUCUUGAUUUCUAAGAUAAAUAUCAUUUUUACAUUGUUUUACAUCUACAUUUGUUAUGCUGCUUCAUAUAUAAUAAAUAUUUGCAACUAUA